AUGGUGGUCUCACAACUGGGUGUCAUUGCCAUUGCUCUCUCUCUCUCCGUUUCUGUGCAUCCCUCUUCCGAUCGCGGCGCGUUCGACAUGGAGCGUGAAGCAAGGUGGUAUUUUGUGUGUUUCAGCGCCCUAAUUUGCCUCCCGCAGCUUCUUGUGUUUUCGGGUUUCGCGUUGUCGAGAAUACAGGAGCAUUUGCGUGCAUGUCUUGCCAAAGUGUCCUUGGUGUUUGGUUACACACUCGCCUCCCUCUCCUCCUCCUUCAUCUCCUUUUCUCAACCGUUCUCCGAGGCCCGCUUGACGCAAAAGACCCUUCUCUCCCUCUCCGCACACCCUCCCAUGGCCCAGUUUCAUCCGCUGCUUCUCUUCUUUUUUGCUGCUGGACCACGCAUCGGCGCUCAGGUGGAGGUGCGCUUCACAUACCCGAAGCGCACACACUCACACACGCGCGCGUGGAAAGAAGAGUGA